AUGAGGCCGUCGAAUUCUUGCUCCGACGAGGCGCUGAUCCGGACUUCGCAACUGAACGUGGUCCCGAUUGACUCAUCCACGCAGUUGCCGUUCAAAUGGUCCGGGCCACCGCGAUAUCUCCUGGAAAAUGGUGUUGAUCCCGACCCUGUAAGUCAGUCCGGGCGUACCCCGCUUCUUAUUGCCUGCCAAAACGCGGAAGGGCGCAAGCCCACUAUGUGCGCGACCGGGGAAGAGAAUCCUGAUCCUCAGCUCGUAAGGCUUUUGCUCGCCCACGGGACAAACGCCAAUGAUAAAGACGAGGACGGGUGGUCUUGUCUUGCGAGUGCGUGUGCGGCGGGGAACGAGGAGAUCGCCAGGAUUCUGGUUGAGGCUGGGGCAGACCUUGACACCAGAGACAGCUAUGGGCAGACUCCUUUACAUCAGGUUCGCUCACAGAGUCUCCUUUAUGAAUAUUUGCUGGAAAGGGUGCAGAGCUUUGAUAUCAGCUGUGCCUACACCGGGAAUAGGACACAUAUAUGA